UUUUUUAACGAAUACUUUUAACUCUGUACUUUUUUUCAGCCGUCCACAAAAUUAAUUUUCAAGCACAAAAUUUUCAAUGGAAAGCAGAGGAAGUCAAGCAAAGAGCACUAAAAGUCUUUGCCCCCUAUUGCAGUCCAGGCCAGUCGUCUCCAUAGCUUGGAAAAAGAGGCAACCAAUGAACUUAAAACUGGCCAUUCCUUGUUUGACCCGGUCAUACCGCAAAAAUCAAUCUUUUGUUCCCACUCUUCAACACAUUUCUCACUGCAUUUUUUUUUUUCUUUUAGAGUGUUUAGUUUUGUGUUCUGAAUUAUGCUUUGGAAUAUUGAAACCAUGAUGUAGACUUGGCCUAUUCUUUUCAUUUUCCUUUGUGAACUAUCGGGGGUCCUCUCUCUUAGUUUCUCUGUGGAAAGAAGGACGCUUCCUUGCAGUUUUCAAUACCCUUUUGCCUGUUCUUUGAUCUUCUUCAGUUAAAACUUGAGAAAUCUGAGGUGGGUCUUUGGGUCUUUGAAUUUUUGUCCCAAAGUUUCAUUUUUUUUCCUUUUCUGGUUUUGUUGAUAUUCUCUUAUAUUGAUCAGAAUCUAAGUCAAGUAUUCAACUUCAACUGUUUUGCUCAAGUUUCUCUGCGUUUAAAUGUUAGGAGAACUAUGGUUUAGUGGACUUGGCAUUUAGUCUCUGUUAAGCUGUUAUUAGCUAUAUAAGUGGGUUUCUGUAAUCCACUAUUUCAGUUUCCAUUUGAGGGAUUUCUUGAUGAUCAUGGUGUUGCAUAGCCGAGUUUUUGCUGUUUUUGUCAGUGUUUUCGUGUGGUUAUUACUUGGCUGUAGUUUGAGCUAUGCUACUCCGGAUGAUAUUGAUUGCUUGAAGAGCAUCAAAGAUUCACUUGAGGACCCCUUUAAUUACUUAUAUUCUUGGAAUUUCAACAACAAUACUGAAGGAUUUAUUUGUAGAUUUACCGGGGUGGAAUGUUGGCACCCGGAUGAGAAUAGGGUUCUGAAUAUCAGGCUUUCAGAUAUGGGACUCAAGGGCGAGUUUCCUCAAGGAAUCAUAAAAUGCAAAAGUAUGACUGGCUUGGAUCUUUCAAGCAACAAAUUCUAUGGAAGUAUUCCAUCUAAUAUCUCUAAACUUCUCCCGUAUGUUACAUCCCUUGAUCUGUCAUUUAAUAAUUUCUCUGGACAUAUCUCAGCAAGCCUCGCAAAUUGUAGUUUCAUAAACAUUUUGAAACUUGAUAAUAACAAGUUGACGGGUCAGAUUCCUGCAGAACUCGUUUUGCUCAAUAGGAUGAAAACAUUUAGUGUAUCUGAUAAUCUCUUGACUGGGCCAAUUCCAAGUUUUCUGGCUUCAUCAUCAGUCGACAAUUUUGCAAAUAAUCUAGGGCUGUGUGGGAAGCCUUUGGAUCCGUGUCGGUCGACUUCAAAGGGUGCUAAAACUGAAGUUAUUGCUGGGGCUGCUGUUGGUGGGGUGACAUUUGCUGCUAUAUGUGUUGGUAUUGGUAUGUUCAUCUAUUUCCGUAAAUUAUCUGUCUUGAGGAAGAAGGAUGAUGAUCCAGAAGGAAACAAAUGGGCUAAGAGCUUAAAGGGAGCUAAAGGCAUUAAGGUUUCCAUGUUUGAAAAGUCAGUUUCCAAAAUGAGAUUAAAUGAUCUUUUGAAGGCCACUAACAGUUUCAGCAAAAAUAAUAUCAUCGGGUUGGGAAGAACGGGGACCAUGUACAAAGGAGUCCUUGAAGAUGGCACCUCACUAAUGGUUAAAAGGUUACAGGAUUCUCAACACUCUGACAAAGAGUUUGCAUCUGAGAUGGCUAUUCUUGGAAAAGUGAAACACCGUAACUUAGUUCCCCUUUUAGGUUUCUGCAUGGCGAAGAAGGAGAGGCUUUUAGUUUACAAAUACAUGGCAAAUGGUACUCUGAAUGAUAAUUUGCAUCUUGUAGAUGAAACUAAGAAGGCUAUGGAGUGGUCAUUAAGGCUUAAAAUUGGUAUAGGGGCUGCCAAAGGAUUCGCAUGGCUCCACCACAACUGCAAUCCUCGUAUAAUUCAUCGAAAUAUAAGCUCUAAUUGCAUCUUACUAGAUGCAGAUUUUGAGCCCAAAAUAUCCAAUUUUGGUCUUGCUAGGCUCAUGAACCCGAUUGAUACACAUCUGAGCACCUUUGUCAAUGGUGAGUUUGGGGAUUUAGGUUAUGUUGCCCCUGAGUAUAUGAGAACUCUGGUGGCCACUCCCAAAGGAGAUGUUUACAGCUUUGGAAUUGUCCUUCUUGAGUUGGUGACUGGUGAGAGGCCUAACUAUGUAGCCAAAGCUCCUGAGAGCUUCAGGGGAAAUCUGGUAGAAUGGAUUACGCAGCUAUCAAAUGAUGGAAAACUUCAAGAUGCUAUUGAUCCAUCCUUGGUUGGAAAAGGCAUUGAUAAUGAACUUUUCCAAGUUCUUAAAGUUGCAUGUAAUUGUGUAUUUCCACCUCCCAAGGAGAGGCCUACAAUGUUUGAAGUCUACCAGCUUUUAAGAGCUAUUGGCGGGCGAUACAAUUUUACCAGUGAGGAUGAAAUUUUGAUGCCGUCAGAUACCGGUGAUGCUGAUUAUAUAGAGGAACUUAUUGUUGCUCGAGAAGUCAAUGAGACUUGGUGAAGAGAUAUGUGAUAUGGUGAGUAGUUCAUCUUGGCAUAGUGCAUGUUUAAGUGUUUGUUCUUGUGCCUGUUUAAAUAAAGGUUGAGAUUACAUGUACAUCCGAUGCUUUACUUGCUAGUUUCAACUUUCUACACUUAGUACUCACUGUAAUCGAAUCGAUUACAGUUUUUAAGCAUCUAAGCUUUCAGUCUUUUAUUUGGUAGUAGAAUCCUUAGAUUCAUUAGUAUGAUAUUUUAUGUCCCAAGGCUUUUUCUCUAAAUUAUUUUCCAUGUAGAAUGAUAAGAUUCGCAUUUCAAGCCAAGCGAAUGGUACGUGUGAUGUGAGUUAGAUCUAUUUAUAAUUGUGGGAUUUCUGUUUUCCUGAUCCAUUAAUGUGAUAUUAUAUCUUGCUUCUCA